CCAAACUUUUGCUUUGCCAAUCUUCAUCUUUUGAAACUGCCCUCAAUUUGAUUAUUUUCAUCACCGCCCGUCUCGUUUAUACAAAUAGAAAUGGGACCGACCGCACCGCAUGACACAGGCGAUGACAACAACAACGAAGAAACUAAGCUCUUUCUUCUACGUUCUUAUUUCCUUCUUCCAACGAAACAAAUCCGCUUUGCUACGCAACAUUUAACGUUAAAGUUUCUGAUUUCUUGAGUGCCUUUUUGGUAGCAGUUCAUCAGCGUUGUGUGAAUUCUUGGAUAACGCUACUCCAUCCACAACAAAACAAAGCUCAAAUCGGUGUCAUCGCGUUCCACAAGCUGACAGGAUUAGUUUGUUCUAUUUUCCCUUCGCAUUUCUCUUCUACUUUGGUGGGGUUAGGUAACAAAAACAAAAACUUUAUACACAAAGUCUUAUUAUUUUCUCAUUUUUGUUCCAAAUCUCGUGUUGGUUCGGUAGUUGCUGAUGCUGAUUGGAGAAUUGCAAAACCCAUGUCGCAAAAUAAACCCCUUUUUGCAUUUUGUGCUGUGUUCUUGAACUUGGACUUUCUAUAUGGAUCUUUGGUGGCCGGAUUUUGAUUAGUUGUGUGAGGGAUUUGUUUGAUUUUGGCGUAGAAUCCGGAAAGGAAGUCAAAAUUGUGUUUUGUUUCUUUAUGAGGUGAUUGGUAAUGUGAACUUGUUAUGGUUGCUUAAGAGACAACAAUUAUGAAACCUAUUUUAUGAAUUGCUUGUUGCACUUUGUUUAAGAUCACUAGUGUGCUGGAGCUCAGGCAUACUACCUGAAAGAGGCUGUUUAUAUUGGUGGGCACUGUUAUUUGGGAGUAGAAAAUGAUUCAAACUAAUGAAACAACUAGUAGUUUUUUGUAUUCAAACGGGUUGAUUCAAAACCUGCACAGUUCUGUAGAUCAGAAGCUUGAUGAGCUUCGCUGUCUAAUUAGAAAAGCUGAGGGUGAUCCCUUAAGAAUUGUUGGGGUGGGAGCUGGAGCCUGGGGUAGUGUUUUCACUGCUAUGUUGCAAGACAGUUAUGGUCACUUAAGAGAUAAGGUUCUUAUUAGGAUAUGGAGGAGACCUGGAAGAUCAGUUGAUAGGGCAACAGCUGAGCACCUGUUUGAAGUGAUCAAUUCAAGAGAAGAUGUUUUGAGGAGACUAAUUAGGCGUUGUGCAUACUUGAAAUAUGUCGAGGCAAGAUUAGGUGAUAGAACAUUAUAUGCUGAUGAGAUAUUGAAAGAUGGGUUUUGCUUGAAUAUGAUUGAUACUCCUCUUUGCCCUUUGAAGGUUGUGACCAACUUGCAGGAAGCCGUGUGGGAUGCUGAUAUAGUGAUAAAUGGAUUGCCUUCAACAGAAACUACGGAGGUUUUUGAAGAGAUUAGCCGGUAUUGGAAAGAGAGAAUCACAGUACCAGUCAUCAUUUCAUUGGCAAAAGGUGUAGAGGCUGAGUUGGAGCCCAUACCACGUGUAAUAACUCCAACCCAAAUGAUCAAUCGGGCAACUGGAGUUCCAAUAGAGAACAUUCUAUAUCUUGGAGGACCUAAUAUUGCCUCAGAGAUUUACAACAAGGAAUAUGCUAAUGCUCGUAUAUGUGGAGCUGAAAAGUGGCGGAAACCAUUGGCAAAGUUUUUGAGGCAGCCCCAUUUUAUAGUAUGGGACAAUGGGGACCUUGUGACUCAUGAAGUCAUGGGUGGCUUAAAGAAUGUCUACGCUAUCGGAGCUGGAAUGGUAGCAGCUCUAACCAAGGAGAGUGCAACCAGCAAGUCGGUAUACUUCGCACACUGUACAUCUGAGAUGAUAUUUAUCACUCAUCUCUUGGCAGAGGAACCCGAAAAGCUUGCUGGGCCCUUGUUGGCUGACACUUACGUGACUCUUUUGAAAGGUCGUAAUGCAUGGUAUGGGCAAGAGUUGGCAAAAGGGAAUUUGAGUCUUGACUUGGGGGAUAGCAUCAAGGGCAAGGGAAUGAUUCAGGGGGUCUCUGCAGUAAAAGCAUUUUUUGAGCUGCUAAGUCAGUCCUCUUUAGGCGUCCUACAUCUAGACGAAAACAAGGCUGUAGCUCCUGUUGAGUUAUGCCCUAUCUUGAGGAUGCUUUAUUCUAUACUCAUAAAAAGGGAGUUUUCAUCGCAGGCAAUUCUUGAAGUAUUAAGAGAUGAAACCAUGAAUGAUCCACGAGAUCGUAUUGAGAUUGCGCAAACCCAUGUUUUCUACAGACCAUCACUUCUUGGCCACCAGACUUGAUGAUGCACAGUCCGAUUAUCUUUUAUUAGUGUGUAAUUUUGUCCCCUUCAUUAUAUGUAAAUUUGAUAAACUAGUGUAGAUGGUUUACGUGAACACUGCAGAGGAGGUGACUUCUUAGAACAGAGAUUUUUUGUAAUGUUUCAGUUCCUCUUUGCAUUUGUAUUACAUUGGAACUCUGAAAUUGAUUGUUGAAUUUUGAAGAUAA